AUGGAAGUCAGGAUUUUCCCCUCUGCCUAUGCAGUGAUGGCGUCGAUGGUGAUCGGAGAGAAGCUGAGGACCUGGGUGUCCCGGAUGCGGAAGAGACCUGGACCUUCCACUUCCUCCUCAAACCCAUCUUCCAAAGACUCCCAUCAAGACCGAGAUCACGAUCAUGAUAGUGGCUCAUGUUUGGUCCGGAAACAUCAUGGGAAACCUCGGGUUUUCCGGAGUUGUAUAUCGAUGUCACAGAGCCAGAGUUUCACGGAACCUCGCCUGUCUUCGGAGGAGAACUUGCCUGGGAAACUCGGGAGCCAGCCUGGGUAUUCCAGCCUGAGUUCCCCCGAAAGCGCAUACGGGAGUGGAAAUUCCGAAGACAGCCUAACGUGUAAGGGGCACCAGACGAACGACAGCCUUCAACACGACGCUUAUCUCCCGACCUUGAUGAAGACGGCGACAGUGUGCAGCCUGGAGAGGCCUCGAAUCAAAACGAAUCCCUGGGUGUCCUUUGCUGAAAAUCGACGGGGACGGAAGCCCCCCAUGGCGUCGAGUUUCAGAUUAACCCCCGCCGUGAUCUUGAGUGAGACCUCGUCGGACUCGGACAGUUCCGUCCAGGUCCACUACGGCUCGUCCAAUGUACCCAGGUCGCCGUCGGCCAAAGGAAACCCAGAAACUUGCCAAUGUUGCGAUUGCCUGGCAGGGCUGAGUGAUUUCUCGACGGACGUGGAGACGGAUUCGGAUUUCGAGGACACCGUCUUAACGGAAUCAGAAUCCGGGUUCGGCCUUCCAACGGGGAAUCGACGAGACAUCUCCACCUCUUGUUCCAGCUUCCUCUUCCAGGGUGAAUCGACUGAAUGUUCCUGUGAUAGCCAGCAACUUACACCCCUCCCUGAAGGAGUUUACCCGACGACGUCGACGCCGAAGAAUGUCUCGGACCAGGACCAGAAUCUCAAUUACGACGAACUUUUGGAGAGCAUGGACCGACUUCUCCGUCAGCUGAGUGACGAAGUGAACGACGUCGAAGGCUCAUCAUCAUCAUCGUGGGAUCGCGAAUCGAAGCCGACGUUGAGACCCAGGUCGGUGGAGCAGGCGAAACUGACGGAUCCGACGUACAGAGCCUUGAGGAGCAUCAGCGACCCCGGUCGAUAUGACCUAGACCAGAUCAGCCCGAAGGACCAGGCCAAGGAUGAAUAUUAUACUCACAAGUACAAUUCCGAAAGGCUAGUGAAGUGCAGGGUAGAAGAGGGGGGAGGAGGAGGGAGUCCAGUGAAAGGGAAUAGGACUGGUCUGGAGGAGAAACUGCGCAAGUUGAAGCAAGAACGUCUCCUUCUUGAGGCCAAAAUCCGGGAAGCUCGGGACGAGGAACGGAAACGAUGGAAUCGAGCGAGCCUCGGCCUCUUCUCUCAUCAAUGA